CAAGACUUUGAACUGGCAUUGAGUCUUUGAUGCUGAACUGCUGGAUGGUUCAACUUGACACACAGGAGUGAUGAAAGAUUGGCAAAUCGGAUUCUCGUUCUCUAGAGCUCAAAAUAACACGACACGAGUUUCGUCCGUUUCUGAUGAGAAUUUACAACUUAGCGGCUUUAUGAAAGGCUUGGAUUCUACUCCAGAAAGAAUGAGCACAUUGUCAGAAAAGAAAAGCAAUGGAAGGGGUCGGGAGAGCGUGAGAGAUGCCGUAGAAGACAAGAUGUUUGAUUUCUCAGCAUCCUUGAACAAUCAAAGUCAUCAUAACAAGAACACAGUCUUCAGAGCCAGACCUAAACUGGCUGACGCUCACGCCGUCCUUUCUUCCAAGCUAGAAGAGCCGAUUGAAACUCAGAUAAAUGCUUAUGAGGAAACGGAGGACGCGAAACCAGAACCUCUGGAAUAUGUAUGUGUGGAUCCCCCACCAAUACCUGCUGGACAAAUGGCCAAGGAUGAAGACGUGGAAGAGCAGAGAGGGAAAGAGAGGGUGAUGGCUAGUGAAAAUCUUGUUGAAGAGGGUUCAAAAGUGGCACUGGAUGCAGCAACUAGGAAAAGCCUGUGGAGAGGUGAGAUGGUUCUGAAGAAAGGGAUGCGGGAAAGGCUGGGAGGAGGUCUGGAGAGUAUCGAUGAGGGUAACGAGGGAGAAUUCAACAACAAACGAGUGCACAGGAAGAAGAGUUGGGGCUUAAAAUCGAGAAACCCACAAACGUCACGGGAUGGAGAUCAUUAUACGCAGGGAGGCAUGAAGAAAGAUGGUGAGGAAGAGUUAGUUCCCCACCCUGUUCUCUCCCGGGUUCUCCUUCACUCGUCUGCUUCAUCCUCCUCUUCGUUCAACAACUCCUCAGCAGAAAGUGAUGAAGUCUUCAGCGAGAGUGAGGAUACAGCCGCCAGGAGGCAGACGAUGAAGAAGUGUCGAUCUUGGAGAACAUUUUUGACCAUGAUGCAGUGGUCCAAACGAACACAAAGCUCAUGGAUCCAGCUAGCUGGUCACCAAGGUAAUGUAAGGCUGAGUGAGGGUGGGGAAGUGCUGAAGAGGUUUUGCAAGGUGGAAGAUGUCUGUCUGCAGGCCCUCAUGUCUGAUGCUCUCAGUCAGUUUGUGCCACAUUAUUUUGGGCACAUCAGUCAGGACGGAGAGAGAUACAUCCGUCUAGAGGACCUGCUUAGUGGGCUCAAACAUCCUGUCAUCAUGGACUGCAAAAUGGGUGUCCGGACAUACCAAGAGGAGGAGAUCAAUAAGGCCAGGAGCAACGCCAGCAUACGCUCUGAUAUGUAUCAAAAGAUGGUGAAAGUGGAUCCGACAGCUCCCACUGCAGAAGAACACGAACAGAAGGGAGUAACAAAGCUGCGUUACCUACAGUGGAGGGAUGACAGCAGUUCCACCUCAUCUCUGGGCUUCCGCAUUGAAGGCAUAGUGAUUGGGAAUGGUAAAGUGUUACGAGACUUUUACAAAACACGCACAGAGGCUCAAGUGACAGAAACCCUGCUAUCCUUCUCCAGGAGCCAGAUUCACAUUCUAGAGGCCUACGGAUCCAGAUUACAGGCAUUGAGCGAAGCACUAAAGAAGUCAACCUUUUUCUACAAACACGAGAUCAUAGGCAGCUCUUUACUUUUCGUCCACGACUGCAGCGGCAAUGCAAACAUAUGGAUGAUUGAUUUUGGAAAGACCAUCCCAACCCCAGAGGAUGUCCGGCUGAGGCAUGAUGUUCCAUGGGUGGAGGGAAACAGGGAGGACGGGUACCUUAUCGGAUUGACCUCCCUCAUCUCUCUGCUGAAGGAAGCCAUCAAGCAAGCAGGGGAGCAAAGCCAAGAGGAACCACUUUGAUAGUGACCUCGCAUUAACUCCAGUAAAUGACACCAAAAAGACAAAUGAUUUCACCUUGGAUCCAACAAUAGACAACCAAACUGUUUUUAAGACAUGUCAGGUCUAUAAAGCUUUAAACAGUUAAAGGGGUAGUUCACCCAAAAAUGAAAACUCACCCUCAAGUUGUUCCAAACCUGUUUGAGUAACCAGAUAGUUGACGGUAGCCAUUGACUUCCAUAGUAGAAAAAAACAAAAUACAGUGUUACCUAUUACCUAUAUUCUUCAAAAUAUCAUCUUUUGUGUUCAACAAAAGAAAAAAAAAACUCAUACAGGGUUGGAACAAUCUGAGGGUGAGUAAAUGCUAACAUAAUUUUCAUUUAUGGGUGAACUGUCCCUUUAAUAGUAUUAAAUAAUGAAGCACUUGUGUAAAGCAUGUUACUGUUUUUCUUUUUAAAGAUUUGUCUAUUAAAUGUUUUAUAUACUAGCUAUAGUUGGUUCUACUUGUGUGUUUCUUCUGUUUGAUUCACAGCUAAUGGCUGUUUUAUGAAACAUCACUGUAUUGCUCAUGUCACAUGGUGGUUGAAAAAAUAUGUGAUGGGGGAAUUUUUUUUUUUUUUAAGCUUAUGCAUUUGCCCAAGUAACGUGUUUUCUUGCAAAACUUACAAACUGCAUUUUCUCAGAAAACGUGUUGUGAUUUCGGACAACCACUUCCUGUUAAUUCCAACUGGAAAAUAUUAUUUCUGAGAACGCGAACGUUUUGAGACAGAACACAAAGCUUUGAAAAAUAUUUAUUCCUCCCAUCCCAUAUUUUUUUCCACCACAAUGCCCCUUUAGUGGCUCCACACAUAUGAGUGUGUUACCUUGCCACAUAUGAACAUGCAUAAUGGAUAAUGUGUAGCUUGUUGAGGAGAGAUGAGUUAUUAAUUUUCACAACAAUUAGUCUUAUGAUUUUCACAAGCAUAGGCUAUUUACUUUGAAAGAGGGACCAGAGCCAUUUCUAGAGACAAUUACACAGGGACUUGCAUUGAGACUCUUUUGACUUGGAUAAGCAACCAACCACCAACACCAUUAGCAACUGCAUAGUAUAAACUAAAUACUAAGUUCGAAUGCCACAAAAAAAAAACACGCAGCACCUUAGCAACUU